AUGACCAAAUCGGGCAAGGCCAAGGCCGUCGUGAACGGGACCACGGUCGCGGAGGCGACGGAGUGGGAGGAGGUCGAGGGCAACGUCUACUUCCCGCCGUCGGCGGUCAAGACGGAGGUGCUGGAGAAGACGAGCCACACGACUUUCUGUCCGUGGAAGGGGACUGCGGAGUAUUACUCGCUCAAGGUCGGAGGUGACAAGUUGGAGAACGCGGCUUGGUAUUAUCCCACGCCCAAGGACGCUGCUGGUGAGAUCAAGGAUCACGUUGCUUUUUACAAGAGCAAGGUCACGGUCACCGUUGAGUGA